AUGGCACCUCUUCCCAUCAAGUUCACAGAACUGGUCAACUUGACCAAUGUUGGCAUUGCGCAACCAUCCAUUGGCUUUGUUUCAUGUACCCUCGAAUCCGAUCACUAUGUCUGUGUUCGCCAGAAGCUCGACGAGGACGACAAGCCGCAAGUCAUCAUUGUUGACUUGAAGAACAAUAAUGAGGUCAUGCGGCGGCCGAUCAACGCUGACAGUGCCAUCAUGCACUGGAGCAAGAACAUUAUCGCCCUCAAGGCUCAGGGCCGCACAAUCCAGAUCUUCGACCUUUCCGUAAAGCAAAAGCUCAAGUCCGCGGUGAUGAACGAGGAUAUUGUCUACUGGAAGUGGUUCAGCGAAAAGGCCCUGGGUCUGGUUACCGAGACCGCCGUCUACCACUGGGACGUCUACGACGCUACCCAGGAGAACCCGGUCAAGAUGUUUGAUCGUCUUCCCAACCUUUCGGGAUGCCAAAUCAUCAACUACCGCGUUAACGCCGAGGAGAAGUGGAUGGUCGUGGUCGGUAUCAGUCAACAACAGGGCCGAGUUGUUGGAUCCAUGCAGCUCUAUUCCAAGGAGCGCGGCAUCUCGCAAUUCAUCGAGGGACACGCUGCUGCUUUCGCCGACAUCAACGUGGAGGGCUCCCCUCUUCCCCACCACCUCUUCACCUUUGCCGUUCGAACCCAGACCGGCGCCAAGCUCCAGAUUGCCGAGAUCGACCACCAAGAACCCAACCCGCGAUUCCAGAAGAAGGCCGUGGAGGUGUACUUCCCCCAGGAGGCAGUUAAUGACUUCCCUGUGGCGAUGCAGGUAUCCACCAAGUACGACAUCGUUUACCUAGUUACGAAGUAUGGCUUCAUCCACCUGUACGACCUCGAGACCGGUACUUGCAUCUUCAUGAACCGCAUCUCCAGCGAGACCAUCUUCACCACUGCCUCGGAUACCGACGGCGCAGGCCUGGUUGGUGUCAACCGCAAGGGUCAGGUUUUGUCCGUUAGCGUUGACGAGAACACGGUCAUUGACUACUUGAUGAACAACCCCGCAAUGUCCUCUCUUGCGGUGAAGCUUGCUUCCCGGGCCGGUCUCCCGGGUGCCGAUCACCUUUACCAACAGCAGUUUGACACUCUUGUUAACGCGGGCAACUUCGCCGAAGCUGCCAAGGUUGCAGCCAACUCCCCCCGUGGCUUCCUCCGUACCCCCGAGACGAUCAACCGCUUCAAGAAUGCUCCUCAAACCGGUCAGAUGUCGGUCAUUCUGCAGUACUUCGGCAUGCUGCUCGAUAAGGGCUCCUUGAACCGUUAUGAGAGCGUGGAGCUUGUGCGACCUGUUCUGCAGCAGAACCGCAAGCAUCUGCUGGAGAAGUGGAUGAACGAGAAGAAGUUGGAAGCGUCCGAGGAGCUCGGAGACAUCAUCCGACCAUACGACGUGUCUCUUGCUCUCAAGGUCUACCUCGAGUCCAACGUUCCCCACAAGGUCGUUGCUGGGCUUGCCGAGACUGGCCAAUUCGACCAAAUCCUCGCCUACUCCAAGAAGGUGGGCUACCAGCCUGAUUACACUCAGCUCCUGCAGCACAUUGUGCGCGUCAACCCUGAGAAGGGUGCCGAGUUUGCCACUCAGCUCGCUAGUGAGGAGGGCGGUGCUCUUGUUGACCUUGACCGCGUCGUGGAUGUCUUCCUGUCUCAGAACAUGAUUCAGCAGGCGACCUCCUUCCUUCUUGAUGCCCUCAAGGACAACAAGCCCGAGCAUGGCCACCUGCAGACUCGUCUGCUUGAGAUGAACCUUGUCAAUGCUCCCCAGGUUGCUGACGCCAUCUUGGGCAACGAGAUCUUCACUCACUAUGAUCGUCCCCGCAUCGCGCAGCUUUGCGAGAACGCCGGCCUUGUUCAGCGUGCUCUUGAGAACUCUGACGAUGCCUCGGUCAUCAAGCGUAACAUUGUCAAGACUGAUAAGCUGAGCCCCGAGUGGUUGAUGAACUACUUCGGCCGUCUGUCUGUCGAGCAGACCCUUGAGUGCAUGGACUUUAUGCUCGAGGCCAACAUUCGCCAGAACCUGCAGGCUGUUGUUCAGAUUGCUACCAAGUUCUCCGAUCUGCUCGGUGCCAACCGCCUCAUCGAUCUCUUCGAGAAGUACCGCACUGCCGAGGGUCUCUACUACUACCUUGGUAGCAUUGUCAAUUUGAGUGAGGACGCUGAGGUGCACUUCAAGUACAUCGAGGCUGCCACCGCUAUGAACCAGCUCACCGAGGUCGAGCGUAUUUGCCGUGAGAGCAACUACUACAAUCCCGAGAAGGUGAAGAACUUCCUCAAGGAGGCCCACUUGACCGAGCAGCUGCCUCUGAUUAUUGUCUGCGACCGUUUCAACUUCAUCCAUGAUUUGGUUCUCUAUCUUUACCAGAACCAGCAGUUCAAGUCCAUCGAAGUGUACGUGCAGCGCGUGAACCCCUCCCGGGCUCCCGCCGUUGUGGGUGGUCUGCUCGACGUUGACUGCGACGAGAGCAUUAUCAAGAACCUGCUCUCCACCGUGGACCCCUCCGUCAUCCCCAUUGACGAGCUCGUCUCUGAGGUCGAGAGCCGCAACCGCCUGAAGCUGCUCCUGGCCUUCCUCGAGGCCACUCUUGCUACCGGCAACCAGCAGCAGGCUGUUUACAAUGCGCUGGCCAAGAUCUACAUCGAUAGCAACAAUAACCCCGAGAAGUUCCUCAAGGAGAACGACUUGUACGACACCCUGAUUGUCGGAAAGUACUGCGAGAAGCGCGACCCCAACUUGGCGUAUAUUGCAUACAGCAAGGGCCAGAAUGACCUAGAGCUUAUCAACAUCACCAACGAGAACUCCAUGUACCGUGCUCAGGCUCGCUACUUGGUUGAGCGUGCCGAUCCCGAGAUUUGGACCUUUGUCCUAAGCGAGAACAACUUGCACCGCCGCUCCCUCGUCGACCAGGUCAUCGCCACUGCCGUCCCCGAGUCCACCGAGCCCGACAAGGUUUCCGUUGCCGUCAAGUGCUUCCUCGAUGCCGAUCUCCCCGGCGAGCUUAUCGAGCUGCUCGAGAAGAUUAUCCUGGAGCCCUCGCCGUUCAGUGAUAACACCAGCCUGCAGAACCUGCUCAUGCUGACUGCCGCCAAGGCCGACAAGAGCCGUCUUAUGGACUACAUUCACCAGCUCAACGAGUUCUCUGCUGAUGAGAUCGCCGAGAUGUGUAUCAGCGUUGGUCUGUACGAGGAGGCGUUCGAGAUCUACAAGAAGGUCAACAACCAGCUCGCCGCUGUCAAUGUCCUCGUUGAGAACAUCGUUAGCAUCGACCGGGCUCAGGAGUUCGCCGAGCGUGUUGAGCUUUCCGAGGUUUGGAGCAAGGUUGCCAAGGCUCAGUUGGAUGGUCUCCGUGUCUCCGACUCUAUUGAGUCCUACAUUCGCGCCAAUGACCCCUCCAACUACAGCGAGGUGAUCGAGACCGCCACGCAUGCCGGCAAGGAUGAGGAUCUCGUCAAGUUCCUCCGCAUGGCCCGCAAGACUCUGCGUGAGCCCGCUAUCGAUACUGCUCUUGCCUUCUGCUUUGCCCGUCUGGACCAGCUUGCCGAGCUUGAGGACUUCCUUCGCUCCACCAACGUGGCUGACAUUGAGGCCUCCGGUGACAAGGCUUACGAGGAGGGAUUCCACCAGGCUGCUAAGAUCUUCUUCACCAGCAUCUCCAACUGGGCCAAGCUUGCCACCACUCUCGUCCACCUGGCGGAAUACCAAGCCGCCGUUGAGUGUGCCCGCAAGGCCAACAGCGUCAAGGUCUGGAAGCAGGUCAACGAGGCCUGUGUUGACAAGAAGGAGUUCCGUCUCGCCCAGAUUUGCGGUCUUAACCUCAUUGUCCACGCUGAGGAGCUGCAGGCUCUUGUUCGCCAGUACGAGCGCAACGGUUACUUCGAUGAGCUCAUCUCGGUUCUCGAGGCUGGCCUCGGUCUCGAGCGUGCUCACAUGGGCAUGUUCACCGAGCUGGGUAUUGCUCUGUCCAAGUACCACCCGGACCGUGUGAUGGAGCACCUGAAGCUGUUCUGGUCUCGCAUUAACAUUCCCAAGAUGAUCCGUGCCUGCGAGGAUGCUAACCUCUGGCCUGAGUUGGUCUUCCUGUACUGCCACUACGACGAGUGGGACAACGCCGCUUUGGCCAUGAUGGAGCGUGCUGCUGAUGCCUGGGAGCACCACUCUUUCAAGGACAUCGUCGUCAAGGUUGCCAACUUGGAGAUUUACUACCGUUCCUUGACCUUCUACCUGCAGGAGCAGCCCCUUCUCAUCACCGAUCUGCUCCAGGCCCUCACUCCCCGUAUCGACGUCAGCCGUGUUGUUCGCCUUUUCAAGACCUCUGACAACCUCCCUCUGAUCAAGCCGUUCAUGCUGAACGUCCAGAGCCAGAACAAGCGGGCCGUUAACGAUGCGAUCAACGAGCUGCUCAUCGAGGAAGAAGACCACAAGACUCUCCGCGACUCUGUUGACAACCACGACAACUUCGAUUCCGUGGAGUUGGCCCAGCGUCUGGAGAAGCACGAUCUCAUCUUCUUCCGCCAGAUCGCGGCCAGCAUCUACCGCAACAACAAGCGGUGGGAGAAGUCGAUUGCACUGUCGAAGCAGGACAAGCUUUACAAGGAUGCUAUCGAGACUGCUGCCAUCUCCGCCAAGUCUGAGGUGGUUGAGGAUCUCCUUCACUACUUCGUCGACAUUGGCAGCCGCGAGUGCUACGUUGGCAUGUUGUAUGCCUGCUACGACCUGAUCCGCCCCGACGUGAUUAUGGAGAUCUCAUGGCGCAAGGGCCUGCACGACUUCACCAUGCCGUUCAUGAUUAACUUCCUGUGCGAGCAGACCCGUACCAUCGAGAUGCUGAAGAAGGACAAUGAGGAGCGCAAGUCUCGGGAGAAGACCCAACAGACCGAAGAGGAUAACACUCCUAUUCUUGGUGGCUCCCGACUGAUGCUGACCCAGGGUCCCGCUGCUCCGGCCAGCCCCAUGCCUUAUGGUGGUCAGCCAGUCAACGGGCUCACCCCGCAGGCCACCGGGUAUCGCGCGUUCUAG